AUGGACAAAAACCAGAGCCUUGUGCCGCUCCUCGCAAACCUCAACCAGCAGCUCACGAAGGGCUGCUGCUCUACAGCUCCUUGUCCUUGUAUUUCUCUCACGCAUUAUGCCUUUGAGGAGAGUCACUCAGUCGCACUCACUAAGCCGGACGCCCCCCUGGAUGGUCUAGCUCCGGCGCUUGGACAUGGAGAUUACUACUCCACUCCUGACGCUAUCCCACGUCCAUUCGACGGUCCAGUUUUGACCGAUCAGACCACGUCCAACCAGGACUGGGGUAACGACUUCGACACCCUGUCGAUGCAAAAUUCGUUCUCCACCACCAAUGCCACAGUCUACAAUGGCUACGAUAAUUUCGACGGGUCUACAUUUAGGUUCAGCCACGAAUUCCCGGCUGUCCUUCCACUUGAGCAAGACAAACUGAAUCAGCCUAACUUCCAGCCGACCAUCGAUGUGGCUACGCAAGCCUCCAACUUCGCCCAAGUCGCCGUUGGGCAGACCUCCAGCACUGAGGGCGCCGUAAUUCUGGUAAACUCUGACGGUCUUUUCUUCUGCUCUGAACCAGGCUGCGAUACCACGUAUCUCCGCAAAGGUGAUUGUCAGCGCCACCUCAAGAAGCACAAUGGGCCAUUCUUCCCGUGUACCCAGCCUGGAUGCGACAUGACAUUCUACAGGGCCGACAAGCAACGUGAUCACUUGAAGCAGGGCCACGACAUUAUUGUUGCCGCGCCUCCACGCAGACGUCACUAA